AUGGCCUACACCAACCCACCACCGGCCUAUCCCGCCAGCGAGCGUACUCCGCUCCUCCUCCGCGUCCCAAGCAACCUCUCCGCCACCAGCACCCUCCUGGAGGCCUACGACGCCGACACCGAGGAGCAAGCCAUCCCGGACAUCCCGGACACACUCCCAUCCUACCGCACCCUCAGCCCAUCGCCACCAGCUUACUGCAACCUCACCUGCACCCAUCCCAGCGGCGCUCCCUACUGGCCUCUCGCAGAGUGCUGCUACAACCGUUACCUAAUCGGAUAUCGUCGUCGGGAGGCUCGGGCUGAAGCACGCAGAAGGAUGGAGAGGAGUCAGGCGUGCAUGGCUGUGGGAUUCGGCUGCAUCAUGUUCUUGUUGAUGAUUUUGGUUGGCAUGACGGUCGUGACGAUUUUUAACUGGGGAGCUUCGGACGCUGUUGUUGUUAUGACCGCUUGA